CGUGAGCAAAGUGUUCGAUGCCUUCUUUGAGAAGAUUAUUGACGAGCACAUGAAGUCUAAGAAAGAGGAAGGAGAGAGCAAAGAUUUUGUGGAUGUUAUGCUGGGCUUCAUGGGAUUGAACGAGGGAGAAUACCAUAUCGACAGGCCCCAUAUCAAAGCCAUAAUUCUGGACAUGUUGUUGGGUUCGAUGGACACUUCAGCGACAGCAAUAGACUGGGCAAUGACCGAACUUGUAAGACAUCCUAGUGCAAUGAAAAAGGUCCAAGAUGAACUAGAGAAAGCCGUGGGAAUGAACAGAGCAGUAGAGGAAUCAGAUUUAGAGGGCUUGCACUACUUAGACAUGGUCAUCAAGGAGACCAUGAGGCUUCACCCAGUGGCUCCGCUUUUGCUUCCCACGAGGCGACUGAGGACUGCACAGUGAACGGCUUCCAUAUACCCUUGAAGUCAAGAGUCAUCGUGAAUGUGUGGUCCAUUGGAAGGGACCCAAAAGUGUGGACCACUCACAAUCCGGAAGAGUUCAUACCUGAAAGAUUCUUAGGGUUGAGCAUGGACGUUAAGGGGCGUGAUUUUCAGCUCCUACCGUUUGGGGCAGGCCGCCGAGGAUGCCCCGGGAUGCAGCUUGGCUUGACUGUGGUGCGAUUUGUGCUUGCUCAACUCGUACACUGCUUUGAUUGGGACCUUCCUGCUGGCAUAUCACCAAGCGAGCUCGACAUGACUGAGGAGUUUGGGCUCACUACUCCUAGAGCUAAGCAUUUGGUGGUCAUGCCUCAGUACCGUUUGAGUGAGUGAAAGAGAGUUAACUUUUCAAUGGAUGAUUGAGUUCUCAAAAAUAAGUCUGAUAUUAUCAUGAAGUCUCGUAGUGUUAGUCACCAAAUGGAUUGCCUACCAAUUUGUAAUGAAGUUUUAGCUUGAUUUUUGAAGUAUUAUUAUCUGAAUGAAAUUCAAAUAAAGCAAUUUGAGACA